AUGGCCUCCAAUUACAACAAACCCAAGUCUUCUUCAUCAAAACUUUGCACCAUUCUCUUCCUCAUUGUCCUCUUCACCAUCCUAGCUCUUUUUCUCCUCCAUACAUACACCACCUCCACUUCCAUUUGCACCACUUUCCCCACCCAUCCCAAGCCGUGGUCCGGCGAUCUUCGUACCGCUCAGUUUUCAUGGAACCGCCUUCCCUUUCUUCACCAUCAAGACCACCCUCGCCUCAAAAUCGCUGUGUUCUCCAAAAAAUGGCCUCUUGGCACUGUACCCGGUGGCAUGGAACGCCAUGCCAUCACUCUACACAAAACCCUUGCCCUCCUCGGCCACCAAGUCCAUGUCUUCACCUCCCCACAAGAGCUGAUCAAACAUCAUCCUCCAAGUCCUUCAUCAUCGUUCAUCCAUUUCCACGAGGGUGAGCCCGGGAUUUGGCGUUACAACAAGGCAUGGGAACAAUUUUUUGAGCAAAACCAACGUGAAAAAUUCGACGUGGUUCACUCCAAAAGCGUGGCGCUUCCUCAUUGGCUGGCCCGGGGCCUCCCAAACCUUGCAGUGUCAUGGCAUGGCAUAGCCCUAGAGAGCUUGCACUCAUACAUCUUCCAAGACUUGGCACGUAACCCUAGCACGGAGCCUAUGUCCCCAUCUUUCAACAAAAGCAUACAAGGGUCGGUUCCAAAGGUGUUGAAUGAGAUUAGGUUUUUCCAAAACUAUGCACAUCAUGUUGCUACAAGUGAUAGUUGUGGAGAGAUGCUGAGGGAUGUGUACCAAAUACCAAACAAAAGAGUCCAUGUGAUAGUCAACGGAGUAAAUGAAGCUGAGUUUGGUCAAAAUAGUAAAGUAGGCCACGAGUUUAGAUCUAGAAUUGGCAUACCACAAAAUUCUAGUAAUUUAGUAUUUGGAGUGGUUGGAAGAUUAGUGAAGGACAAAGGCCAUCCUAUACUUUAUGAAGCAUUCUCUAAGCUCAUAGCUAAGUACCCUUCAAAUGUGUACUUGAUCGUGGCUGGUUCCGGGCCAUGGGAGCAAAGACCACAAGGUAUCGAUAUGACUCGCACGGAGGCGAUGAUGAGCGGGAAGCCAAUUAUGGCAUCAAGGUUUCCAAGCAUCAAAGGUACUAUAGUUGUGGAUGAUGAAUAUGGUUUCAUGUUUUCUCCCAAUGUGGAGUCGUUGUUGGAGGCAUUGGAAUUGGCUGUGAAUGAAGGGCCAAAGAGGGCAGCACAAAGAGGAAAGGCAUGCUUGGAAUAUGCAAAUUCCAUGUUUACAGCAACCAAGAUGGCAUUAGCAUACGAGAGGUUGUUUCUUUGUAUAAAAAAUGAAACAUUUUGUACCUACCCUUGA